ACUCUCUACUCUCUAGGUUUUGAUACUUCCUUUCAUCGUCGUCGUCUCCUUCUUCUUCAGAACUUAAGGUGUCUGCGUUGGAAAUUCAUCAUUGUAGGUGAGAUGCCUCGGUAUGAUGAUCGUUACGGUGGAACGCGGCUCUAUGUCGGUCACUUGUCUUCUCGAACUAGAUCACGUGAUCUCGAGGACCUGUUUAGCAGAUAUGGAAGAGUACGUGAUGUGGAUAUGAAGCGAGACUAUGCCUUUGUUGAGUUUAGUGAUCCACGAGAUGCUGAUGAUGCAAGAUAUGCGUUGAAUGGUCGAGAUGUUGAUGGAAGCCGUGUCAUUGUGGAAGUUGCUAAGGGAGCACCACGUGGACCUGGUGGAUCUCGUGAGUAUCUUGGCAGAGGUCCUCCCCCUGGAUCAGGCCGCUGUUUCAAUUGUGGACUUGAUGGCCACUGGGCUCGAGAUUGUAAAGCUGGGGACUGGAAAAAUAAGUGUUAUCGCUGCGGGGAAAGGGGUCAUAUAGAAAGGAAUUGCCAGAAUAGUCCGAAGAAACUAAAAAGGGAACGGAGUCGAUCACGGUCACUAAGCCCACGGCGUGGCAGAAGUCACAGUCGUAGUUACAGCAGGGGACGGAGUUACAGUCGAUCGAGAUCACCCGUUAAGAGAGGACGGAGCGUUGAGAGAAGAUCAAGGAGCCCACGUGACAGCCGGAGCCCUAAGCAGCAGAGGGGUUCACCUCCGCCAUCGAAGGGAAGGAAGCGCAAUGCCUCACCAGAUGAGAGAAGCCCACAGGAGAGAGGAAGCCCUUCCCCUCGUGACCGUAGGUUGGAUUAUAGUGUUAGUCCCAAAGGCAAGAGCCGGAGCCGGAGCCAGAGCCGAAGCCGAAGCCGAAGCCCCGUUAAUGAUGCGGACAGGGACAAUGGAAACGGGAGAUACGCAAGGGCGGCUGGAGAUGAUGGCAGCAGCCGUAGCCCCAGUCCUGUGCGCAGGGAUGACAGAAGCCCUAUUGAUGAGGAUGAUGAUAAUAAUGGUUCGCCAAGGGGCAGUGAAUCAGCUUAAAUGCUGUAUCAUUUCAUGCUUUAUUCGGACAAAAGAAAAAACCGUAGAACUUCAUUGCAUUUUCUUUUUUAAAACUUGGAUGGGAUAUUAUUGGCAACAUUUGAUAGAUUUUUCUUAAGACUACUUUGUGUAAGCACUGUUUGUGACUACAAAUUUUUCAUCUAUCUGCAGUCCUUUCGUGGUUGGUUGAGACGAAUUGCCGAGAUUUUUGUGGCUUUUAUUUCCCGCUUUGGCCUUUUGAUGAAUUAGUAAUCAGAGUCUUCA